CUCUGCUGCCCCCUCCUCCUCCUCGCGCGGUAAUGGGAGGCUCCUAGGCAGGAGAAGCAAAAGAAGGAAUUGUUUGCGAGCUCAGUCAUCCAAAAAAGCUUCUUCCAUAUGGAGGGACCGGGUGCGCUGGGCGCGGCGUCCCCUGCCUUGUCCUCCUGCUGCCGCCGCCGCCGCGGCGCCCGCUUCCUGCCGCGGGGACCCUGAGCCCGGCCGCGGGUGUCAGCCGCCGCGCGCACACGCCCGCACACACAGACCCCGACACACGGCACACACGCACACGCGCCCCCGUCCGCGGCCGGCAGCUCCUCCGUCCCGGGCGCCUUUGUUGCCCCCGCCGCGGCCGCGCUCCCGGGCUGUGCGUCGCGGGGUCCCCGUGCGUGUUGUGUGUCCGAGCGGCGCGGUGCUGGGUGGCUCUCUCCGCGCCCAUCGCGCUGGCCCCCGAGCCGCGGCUCGCCCUUCCCGGGCGCCGGCUGCACCAGAGUCCCGGAACAAGCUUCCUGGAACCCAUGACCCAUGAAGUCUCGUCAGCGUUCACACCGGCUGAGGGUAGCAGCGAAAGAGUAGAAGUAGAGUCACAGGGGACUGCAGUAUCUCUCUGAGUGACCCCAGCGGCUUAUGGGACGUUGGCUUUGGACCCUCUGUGACACACCGUGCUGCGUGGGAUGAUGAGGACGCAGAGAGGAGGGACACCCGGGGUCACCCUGGCUUGCCUCCUCUUAGCCACCGCAGGCUGCGUUGCUGGCUUGAACGAGGUCCCUCAGGUCACCGUGCAGCCCGCGUCCACUGUCCAGAAGCUCGGAGGAACCGUGAUCCUGGGCUGUGUGGUGGAGCCUCCGUGGAUGAACGUAACCUGGCGCCUGAACGGGAGGGAACUGAAUGGCUCGGAUGAUGCUCUGGGCGUCCUCAUCACCCACGGAACCCUCGUCAUCACUGCCCUCAGCAACCACACCGUGGGACGCUACCAGUGUGUGGCCCGGAUGCCCGCGGGGGCCGUGGCCAGCGUGCCCGCCCCUGUGACGCUAGCCAAUCUCCAGGACUUCAAGUUAGAUGUGCAGCACGUGAUCGAAGUAGAUGAGGGGAACACAGCAGUCAUUGCCUGCCACCUGCCCGAGAGCCACCCAAAAGCCCAGGUCCGGUACAGCGUCAAACAAGAGUGGCUGGAGGCCUCCAGAGAUAACUACCUUAUCAUGCCAUCGGGGAACCUCCAGAUUGUCAACGCCAGCCAGGAGGAUGAGGGCAUGUACAAGUGUGCGGCCUACAACCCAGUGACCCAGGAAGUGAAAACUUCUGGCUCCAGCGACAGGCUGCGCGUGCGCCGCUCCACCGCAGAGGCUGCCCGCAUCAUCUACCCCCCCGAGGCCCAGACCAUCAUUGUCACCAAAGGCCAGAGUCUCAUCCUGGAAUGUGUGGCCAGCGGGAUCCCACCCCCACGGGUCACGUGGGCCAAGGACGGGUCCAGUGUCACCGGCUACAACAAGACGCGCUUCCUGCUGAGCAACCUCCUCAUCGACACCACCAGCGAGGAGGACUCAGGGACCUACCGCUGCAUGGCCGACAACGGGGUCGGGGAACCCGGGGCAGCGGUCAUCCUCUACAACGUCCAGGUGUUCGAACCCCCCGAGGUCACCAUGGAGCUGUCCCAGCUGGUCAUCCCGUGGGGCCAGAGCGCCAAGCUCACCUGUGAGGUGCGUGGGAACCCCCCGCCCUCCGUGCUGUGGCUGAGGAACGCUGUGCCCCUCACCUCCAGCCAGCGCCUCCGGCUGUCCCGCAGGGCCCUGCGCGUGGUCAGCGUGGGGCCCGAGGACGAAGGCGUCUACCAGUGCAUGGCCGAGAAUGAGGUCGGGAGCGCGCAUGCCGUGGUCCAGCUGAGGACUGCCAGGCCCGGUACAACGCUGAGGCCCUGGCAGGAUGCCCGGCUGGCCACUGCCACACCUCCUGUGCCAGCCCCCAGACCCGGCCGCGCCGACCAGGUGCUGAGGGGCCAACCGGGGCUCGCCGGGCCCCCGACGUCGGUGCAGCCUGCCUCCCCGCAGUGCCCAGAAGAGAAGGGGCAGGUGGCACCUGCCGAGGCCCCCAUCAUCCUCAGCUCACCCCGGACCUCCAAGACAGACUCGUACGAGCUGGUGUGGCGGCCUCGACAUGAGGGCAGUAGCUGGGCGCCGAUCCUCUACUACGUGGUGAAACACCGCAAGCAGGUCACCAACUCCUCUGAUGAUUGGACCAUCUCCGGCAUUCCGGCCAACCAGCACCGCCUGGCCCUCACCAGACUCGACCCCGGGAGCCUGUACGAAGUGGAGAUGGCAGCGUACAACUGCGCGGGCGAGGGCCAGACCGCCAUGGUCACCUUCCGAACUGGACGGCGGCCCAAACCCGAGAUCGUGGCCAGCAAGGAGCAGCAGAUCCAGAGAGAUGACCCUGGGGCCAGUCCCCAGAGCAGCAGCCAGCCGGACCACGGCCGCCUGUCCCCCCCGGAAGCUCCGGACAGGCCCACUAUCUCCAUGGCCUCUGAGACUUCAGUCUACGUGACCUGGAUUCCCCGAGGGAAUGGUGGGUUCCCGAUCCAGUCCUUCCGGGUGGAGUACAAGAAGCUCAAGAAAGUGGGAGACUGGAUCCUGGCCACCAGCGCCAUCCCCCCCUCGCGGCUGUCCGUGGAGAUCACAGGCCUGGAGAAAGGCACCUCUUACAAGUUCCGAGUGCGGGCUCUGAACAUGCUGGGGGAGAGCGAGCCCAGCGCCCCCUCCCGGCCCUACGUGGUGUCAGGCUACAGCGGCCGCGUGUACGAGAGGCCUGUGGCAGGCCCUUACAUCACCUUCACGGACGCCGUCAACGAGACCACCAUCAUGCUCAAGUGGAUGUAUAUCCCAGCAAGUAACAACAACACCCCAAUCCAUGGCUUUUAUAUCUACUACCGACCCACAGACAGUGACAAUGAUAAUGACUACAAGAAGGACAUGGUGGAAGGGGACAGGUACUGGCACUCCAUCAGCCACCUGCAGCCAGAGACCUCCUAUGACAUUAAGAUGCAGUGCUUCAACGAAGGAGGGGAGAGCGAGUUCAGCAACGUAAUGAUCUGUGAGACCAAAGCUCGGAAGUCCUCUGGUCAGCCCGGUCGUCUCCCGCCCCCAACUCUGCCCCCGCCGCAGCCACCCCCUCCUGAAACCAUGGAGCGGCCGGUGGGUGCUGGCGCCAUGGUAGCACGCUCCAGCGACCUGCCCUACCUGAUUGUCGGUGUCGUCCUGGGCUCGAUCGUCCUCAUCAUCGUCACCUUCAUCCCCUUCUGCUUGUGGAGGGCCUGGGCUAAGCAAAAACACACAACAGACCUGGGCUUUCCUCGAAGCGUCCUCCCACCCUCCUCCUGCCAGUACACUAUGGUGCCAUUGGGAGGACUCCAGGGCCACCGGGCCAGCGGACAGCCCUACCUCAGUGGCGUCAGUGGCCGGGCCUGCAGCGGUGGGGUCCCUGUGACUAGGGGCUGCCCAGGCGCGAGGCCCCAGCAGCACUGCCCCGGGGAGCUUGAGCAGCAGAGUGACACCAACAGCCUGCUGAGGCAGAAUAUUCUUGGCAAUGGAUACAACCCCCAGAGUCACCAGGUCAUCAGGAGUCCCAAGUCUAGCCCGGACGAGGGCUCUUUCUUAUACACGCUGCCUGAUGACUCAACUCACCAGCUGCUCCAGCCCCGCCAAGACUGCUGCCACCUCCAGGAGCAGCCGGCUGCCACGGGCCAGUCAGGCAUGAGGAGUGUCCCUGAGUGUCCUGGACUGGAAGCGACAUGGGGCCCCCCUUUUCACUCAGGGACCCCGUGCUGCUUGAGCCUUGUACCAGUUGAAGAGGUGGACAGUUCUGACUCCUGCCAAGUGGGUAGAGGAGACUGGUGUCCCCAGCACCCCCCGGGGGCCUACGUAAGACAGGAACCUGGGAUGCAGCUCUCUCCCAGCCCACCAGUACAUGUGUCCUUUGAAACACCACCUCCCACAGUCUAGGCAGAAGCGAAUAUCGCAGAAAGACUAUAUAUUGUUUUUUUUUAAAGAGACAGAGAAAAUUGGUAUUUAUUUUUCUAUUAUAGCCAUAUUUAUAUAUUUAUGCACUUGUAAAUAUAUGUAUAUGUGUUUUUAUAAUUCUGGAGAGACAUAAGGAAUCCUCCCCGUUGAGGUACAAGAGGGAAAACAAAGAAGCCACAACAUAAACAGGAGUGGAGCAGGAACGAGGAACACAGACUGGCCAGAACACGGACUCCUCACUCAGAACCUCUGCAACCGCGGGAGGCUGCAGGAGGCCCACGCAGAAGCCGAUGGGCAAGAAUCCGGCUCACGGUUCACGAUGACCACGAGGCAGAGGGAGGGCCAUGCUCUCACAGCCUGGGGAACCCAUGAAGGCGGCUGGAGCUGGGGCCACGGGAAGUGUUUUCCUAAGAUGCCCAUGAGAACAGACUAAGAUGUGUACAGCACUAUAAGCAUUAACAAACCUUCCAGAAUCAAUAAUCUGUGGCAGCAUAUCUCUGUAAAAACAAACACUGUAACUUCUAAAUAAAUGUUUAGUCUUCCCUGUAA